AUGAUGAUCUCGGAGGCUCUCGCACCCCGGCUGCUGAAGAUUGCGCAGGGCGCCGCAGAGGCGGCAGCGGCGGCGGCGGCAGCGACUUCUCCGUCCACCUCCAGUCAACCGCUGGUCAUGGAGACGAACGGGACGCGGUGCGGCGAGCAGAUCCUGAGCUACGGCCGGGUGGAGAAGGUCCUGAUCGGAGGGGUGCUCACCAUGCUCACGCUGUCCACCAUCUGCGGGAACCUGCUGGUGGUCAUCUCCGUGUGCUUCGUCAAGAAGCUGCGCCAGCCGUCCAACUACCUGAUCGUGUCUCUGGCCGUGGCCGACCUGUCGGUGGCUCUGGCCGUGAUGCCGUUCGUCAGUAUCACGGACCUGAUCGGCGGUCAGUGGAUAUUCGGACAGUUCUUCUGUAACGUUUUUAUCGCCAUGGAUGUGAUGUGCUGCACCGCGUCCAUCAUGACUCUGUGUGUCAUCAGCAUCGACCGGUAUUUGGGCAUCACCAAACCUCUGACCUACCCCGUCCGGCAGAACGGCUGCUGCAUGGCCAAGAUGAUCGUGUCGGUGUGGCUGCUCUCCGCCUCCAUCACCCUCCCCCCUCUGUUCGGCUGGGCGCAGAACGUCAACGACGGCAGGGUCUGCCUCAUCAGUCAGGACUUCGGCUACACCGUCUACUCCACCGCCGUGGCGUUCUACAUCCCCAUGUCGGUGAUGCUGAUCAUGUACUACAGGAUUUACCGCGCUGCCAAACUCAGCGCCGCCAAGCACACAAUCACCGGCUUCCCCAGGGAAAGGGAGUACGGAGCAGGGGUGGCUCCGAGAGGGGGGCGAGGGGGGCACGGGCCUCACCGGCCGACGGAGUCAGGAGAAACAGGAAGUGUGGAAGGGACAGAGGCUGAGCAGGAGGAGGAGGCGGAGGAGGAGGAGAGCUUGGACUGCGUGGCGGCGGCGUUGAAGCUCCAGCGCGAGGUGGAGGAGGAGUGCAGCUCACGCGUCUCCCGCCUCCUCAAGACCGGCGAGCACCACCAGCGCCGGAAACAGAAAAACCAGUCCAUCUUCAAACGGGAGCAGAAGGCCGCCGCCACUCUGGGCAUCGUGGUCGGCGCCUUCAGCUUCUGCUGGCUGCCGUUCUUCUUGGUGUCCACCGCCCGGCCGUUCGUCUGCGGCGUGGAGUGCAGCUGCGUGCCGCUCUGGCUGGAGAGGACGCUGUUGUGGCUCGGUUACGCCAACUCCCUCAUUAACCCCUUUAUUUACGCUUUUUUCAACCGCGACCUGAGGACGACGUACAGCAACCUCCUGCGCUGCCGCUACAGGAACAUCAACAGGAAGCUGUCGGCGGCGGGGAUGCACGAGGCGUUGAAACUGGUGGAGAAACCAGACACUGAUGUGUAA